AUGGUCGCCAUCUUCCAACGUCCCUUCCAGCGCCUUCAGGUCGUGGACCGGCAGCAUGUCGGUCGUCAGAACCUCAUCGUAGCGUCGGCCGGCUCAAAACUCUACUCGUAUGCGGCCGAGACCGGACAGCGGCUUGCUAGUUGGCCCCAGGGUGAAGACCAGAGCACUGUUGAGAACCAGGGUCCGCCAGAGAAGAAGCGAAAGCUGUCCGCGACGGAUGAGACGGUAGUUGAACAGCCCACCCCUACCAAUGAAGCAUCGGGGAAACCCAAAACCCCAUCCUGGUCGAGCAUUCCUCUCGUGGUAGCUUCUUCUACCGGCGAGCAUGUGGUUGCGAUGACAUUGGAGGAUAAAUGCGUCCGUGUCUUCCAACUGGGCGAGGGCGGCUCAUUCCAGCAGUUGAGUGAAAGAGUCAUGCCGAAGCGUGGCUGCGCGCUUUCCUUGGUCAGCAAUGACAGUUUGAUCCUACUUGGUGAUAAAUUUGGAGACGUCUAUUCCCUGCCUCUCAUUCCCGGUGACGAGGAAGUUGCGGCGCCCAAGGUUGCCGCUCGCAAGAUGAAGCAUAACUGGCCCGCAGCGACGAAUCUAACGGUGCACACCAAAGGAAACCUGGCGUCUUUGGAACAGCAGAAGCUCCAGUACGACGCAAGAAUGAAGAAGCUUUCGGAAGAGGGUUCUAGCUUGAAAUUCGAACAUCAAUUGCUCGUUGGCCACGUGUCUUUGCUCACAGAUUUGGCUUUCGUCUCGGUCCCCGUGGACGCGUCGGGCGAUAAAAAGCGCACUUAUAUUUUGACUGCGGAUCGAGAUGAGCAUAUUCGCGUUUCUCGCGGACCUCCUCAGACGCACGUCGUUGAGAAUCAGUGCCUGGGUCACACCUCGUUUAUCACCAAGCUCUGCGUUCCCGUAUGGUCUCCAGAGUACCUCGUUUCCGGUGGAGGCGACAAUUAUCUGCUUGUGUGGAAAUGGGCCGAAGGGCGCACACUGCAGAAGGUUCCUCUGGUGGAGGAGACGUCAGAGUCUGCUCCGAUUGCCGUUCGUGGUAUCUGGGCGACAUCAUUCGACACGUUGAAAUUGAUCCUGGUCGCGAUCGAGGGAUCCACGCAACUCCGGUGCUUUGUGCAAGAAUCAGACGGCACGUUGAAAGAGCAGCCGUCCGUUAGUGCUUCGGGCAACAUUCUCGAUGUGACGAGCAACGAGAAGGAGAACACGGUCAUUAUCUGCGUUGACAAUGUUCGAGAGGCAGGAUCGACACAGGAAUGGAGAACCAGCCCUGCUGCGGCUCUUGUCGAGGCUUUCCGUGCGAAAUCCGAGGGCGAGAGCUUGUCUUGGGAACCGGUGACGGACUCAUCGAUCACCAACAUCAACUCUAGCGGCACUUCCGACUUGGAAGCCAUCGCAGACGCCAAGAAACGAAAGGAGGCCAACGACUCACUAUAUGGGUUGGGCAAUCUGCGAAAGAAGCAUAUGGGCGAGGAUGACUGA